AUGCUGACCGCAUUGGAGAAGAGAUAUGAAAAGGCGAGAUUUGGAAGUUUGUUUCCAGAUAUCAUUGAUGAAAAUAUGCUAAUCGAUUCGUUUGAGUGUUGUGAUACACUUGAAGGCCACACCGGGUGUGUAAACACGCUCCGUUGGAAUCGAAACGGCCAACUUCUGGCAUCUGGAUCCGACGAUCGUCAUGUGAAAAUCUGGAGAGCCGGAUUGGAAGUCGAAUCUCUAGCCACUGGACACGUUGGAAAUGUGUUUGCAGUCGAAUUUCUUCCAGGAUCAUCGGAUAGAAAAUUGGUGACCGGAGCCGCGGAUCAUAUAGUUUUUCUUCAUGAUUUGGAAGUGAAAAAUGGGGGAAAACGACGAUGGGAGCUGGAGGGAAGAGUCAAAAGGCUAUGUACACUGGAACAGGAAUCUACUCUUUGGUGGGCCGCGGUCGAGGCCGUUGAGGGUGUACAGUAG